GGAUGAGGUAACCAACGGUCUGGAUGCCAACACAGCGCUGUCACUGGUUCGGGCGCUUCGAAACAGCAGUGUGCACGGAAACUCCACCGUGCUGGCCACGCUGCUGCAGCCCUCCUCCGAGGUGUUUGAGUGCUUUGACGACGUCAUGCUCAUGGCGUCCGGCACCAUCGUCUUCCACGGACCCCGCGAGCAGCUGCUGCCCUUCUUCGCGUCACUGGGGCUGCGGCCGCUGCCCGGGCAGACGGCGGCGGACUUUGCUCAGGAGGUGGUGGCCAGUCCUGAGGACCAGGCCAAGUACCGGGACGCCUCAGGGGCAGUAGGGGCGCUGCUGCCGGGCCCAGCAGCGGGGACACAAGGGGGAGCAGGCGGCGGCAACAAGUGGAUGUCGCCGCGCCAAAUCCGCAGGGUGUUAGAGGCGGGCGAGCUGGGUCGCCAGCUGGCAGCCCAGGUGGCGGCACCGCCGUACAACCACCCGUUGCAGGACCUGGUGCUCCACUCGCAGCGGUACGGCAUGGCCACCUGGCCCAUGCUGUGGGCGGUGACGCGGCGCGAGGUGGUGCUGUUCGUGCGCAACCCUCAGUUCUUCAUAGCUGGCAUGGUGCAGGUGCUGUUCAUCGCCUUCCUGGUGUCAACUGCCUUUGUCAACCUGCGCAAAAGCAACUUCAACGACGCCAACCUCUUCCUCUCCGUCAUCUUCUUCUCCCUCACUACCGUCUCCAUGGGUGGCUUCAGCGCCACUCCCGCCUUCAUUAAGCGCCUGGCUGUGUUUUACAAGCAGCGGGACCACCGCUUCUACACGCCCACCACCUAUGCGCUCGGGAUCUGUGCCGUACGAGUCCCGGAGAUGAUGCUACAGGCCUUUUCGUACACCAUUAUGGUUUACUUCUCUGUGGGCUUUGCGAACGACGCCGGCAGGUUUUUCCUCAACCUGCUGAACCUGGUGGCGAUUGGAUUCAACAACGUCACCCUCUUUGUCAUGUUGGGAGCCUUCACUCGUAGCGACAUCGUCACUCAGGGCCUGGGCGCCGUGAGCCUCAUGGUGAAUGUACUCGUUUCAGGAUUCCCGAUUGCCAGAACCUCCAUCCACGGCUGGUGGAUAUGGCUGUACUGGCUGCUACCCACCAGCUGGACCUUCCGCAGCAUGGCGAUCGUGGAGCUGACCUACCGCGACUGGGCGGGGCACGAGGAGGGCAGCCAGGUGGCGGUCGGGGAGAACGCCCUGCUUACCCGCGGUUUCUACAAGGAGUGGUACUGGGUGUGGGCGGGCAUCGGCUACGUGAUCGGCGUCUCGCUCUUCCAGUUGGGCCUUGCGAUUGCGGCGCUGACGUGGCUCGGACCCGUACGCGGCACCGGCAGUGGACCCGAGGAGGAAGUUGAGGACGACGACCUGCACCUGUCGCCUGUCGUGACCCAUGGGUCGGACCAGCCCAGCCAAUACAACGGUGCUUACGGUGCCAGCAACCGGGGCCAGCAAACAGCCGACUCCGAUGCAGGCGCCGCUCCUGCCACCAUUCGAACCCAGUCUCGCGCGGUUCCGGCUGUAGUACAGGCGGAGGAGGGACGCGCGCAGACGCCCCGCAGCGCAUGGCAGGACGGCGGAGCGGCGGGGGGUGCUACGGAGGGCAGCGGCCGUCGCGGUGCCGUACCCAUGAGUGGAGCCGUACAGAUGGCGGGAACAACAGCAGCAGCAGCAGGAGGCGCCGGUGCCGGCAGUGCCGCGGAUGCUGUGGCAGUGGACAUGCGGGGAGCGGCAGCAGCAGCAGCGAG